CUAACCUAAGAAUUAGAAAUCAGAUGACAAUUACUAAAUAAACAUGGAGAUCAAUCCACUAAGUAUAAUUUUGGUAAAAAGUGAUAGCAAGGGUGACAGGCUGUUAUUUCGGUACCCGCACAUGACAAAUCAUGUAAGAGACCCGAGCCAAUAUACUAGACGAAAAAAUCCUUAUUCUCUAACUAAUACUGAGGACUUGUUGCAGUCUUUACCCUUCCCGACAUCAAACAUAAGCAAUGGAAAUUUGACAGGCCUAACAGAUGGAGUAUUAUCUACUUUAUUUGCUGUUAAACCAGAAUUAUGUGAGCAAAAAUUUGAAUUGAAAGUAAAUGAUGUUCGCUUUGUUGGACAUCCAACUUUGGUUCCAUCUCGUGGUUUAAAAGAAGUCAAUUCCUCUAUGCUAUUCAAUAUAGUGUUUGCAUUGCAAGCACAAGCCAGUCAUUCCAUAGUAAGAUGCUACUAUGAUUUAAGCAAAAGAUUAGGCAUAGCAUUGAGACAUGAAGAGAAGAGAUGUGGUUUUCUAACAGAAGAAAUAAAGAUGAUGGUAUCUACCCAUGAUGAAGUUGCUGGAAGAUCUGAAGGUGAAAGUGAUUGUGAUGAAUCACCAUAUGAAUUAAUACUUCAAAGAAGUUCACUUGCACGUGGUUUGAAGUUUGUAUUCAGUAAUCUCAGCACUUCAGGCAUAGUCAAUAUUAUGAUUAACAAAUGGAUCCAAGUGCGCUUCUGUCUUCCUCAAAAGGUUCACCAAUCUCACAAAAAAGGCUUGCUGAUUGAUCCUGAAAUUAUAGACAGAUGCUUGAACAGCUUAAGACCUUACCAUGGCAUACUUUUAUUAAUCGAGCCAUUGGACUUAUUGGAUUCUCUGCAAAUAGACUGUUCACCAGCACUCAAACGUUUGAUUCAGAUUUACAAUCCACUGAAAAGUUUACAGACAUUAGCGGCAGAUUCGGAUCUAACACUUGCACAAGUAUUCCAGCUAACUGGCCAUUUAGUUUAUUGGGCAAAAGCAACGAUAAUAUACCCACUUUGUGAAAGCAAUGUUUAUGUUGUUUCUCCUGAUGCUAUUUUGACCAACCAAUUGUUAGACUCUUUCUCUGAACAAUUUCCAGGAGUGUGCUUACUUCAAGUGAUUAGUGAUUUCUCUUUACCAACUUCCAUUAGCCAAAAACUAAAUCCUCUGAGCCAACCACAGCAGCAGACGCAAUUAGUAAAAAUAAUUAUAUGGCUAUUGAGGAAUCACUUACUUUUACAAUUACAUACAUACGUGCAAUAUAUGCCAACAGUGCAUGGACGUUUAUCAGUGGAUAUAAAAGAUCAAGACACACACGAUACGGACGCAAUAGAGAAGAGCGAAAGCACAUGGAGUUUAAAUGAUACGCCAAAAGGCACACCUACCGAAAUCAAAGAGGAAUUGUCGCUGACGGAUAAGGAGGAUGGGCUGUACGAUUAUCAAUCGGAAGAUUACGAUAUUCCUUCUGAUGAUAGAAAGCUACUCGAUAGAUUGUGUCGCCUUGGCUAUUUUAAUGGUGGCCAUCAUCUAGAAGAGAUUAUGUAUCUAGAAAAUAUUCGCAGGUCGCAGUUGUUACAAAUUCUUGACAAAUUUCGAGAUGUCUUGAUCACUUCCGAAUGCGAGGACCCGGCCAUCGCUCUUUUCUACAGUCCACUCGGUUCUUAAUUUUAACACAGUACAGUAUAUCCAUUAUUACUGUUUUCAUAUAAUUGUUAUAAAUAAAUUGUUGCACCAGUCGAUUCUCACAUCUCCGUUCAAAUUAAAAACUUGUGCGUUACAAAAAAUUUUAUUUAUCUUUCGCAAUUCUCUUAUAAAACUUGCGAUAAAAGUUACAGGGGAUUCUUAAUGAGCUUUUUUAUUUUGCGGGCGAUAAUCUGCAUUAUGAUAGAAGGAAGGACUAGGAUGCUACAAUUCCUGAUGUCACUUUGUAAAUAUUGCUCGCGCUUUUACAUUACUUCAUAUUUUGUGAUAUAAUUUAGGUACAUCGAACCUUGAGCUGCCGUAAUUGCUUUUUUAUGUAAUUUUUAACAUAAAAGACUAAUAAAAUGGUCCUGAAUUUGUGGCUA